GUCCAAGUUUCCUUCUCUCUGAGCCACAAACGCGCUGCUUCUCCCUUCACUCCCGCCCACCCCUCCCCCACCCCCUCAGGUUUCCGAGUCGUCAGGGAACGCGAGUGGGUGAAAGAACUCCGCGCUGCUGCAUCCCGAGCCACCGCCUCCUCCUGCGCCUCCUCCGUGCCGCCUCGGGUUCAGCACUGGACAGCUCCCGCCCCAGCCCAACAAACGGCAGUGGGCUGAUUGACAGAGGAGCCGACCAAACAGAGAACAAGACGGCUUGGGGCCGCCCCUCAAGGGUUUGGUUGCGGCCAAGCUGCCUCUUUAAACCGGCUUUCCUCCAGAGCAGGGGGAGACAGGAGUGUGGCUUGUGGCCAGACCUGAGGGCUCCAAUUAACCAGUUGCCUGGUCCUAUAAACUCCAGAGAGACAAACGUCUUAAAAGAAAUCUUCGCUCUCCUGGACUCAGUCCUGCGCUCGCGGUGCGGAUCUGUGUGCGCGCACUCCGCGCCUCCCGGCGAAGCGAACGAGGAGGAGCCAGUGCCGGGAGGCGGGAACGACCUGCCACGGGUGAGAUGAUGGAGCCGCGUCUUUGGCGGCCGCGGCGGCAGCAGCAGCAGCAGCAGCUCUUGAACACACCUCAAUGAGAGCGACGGUGGAAGCUGCUGAGCAGAAAGACGUAAGCAGGCUAACUAUAGCCGCCGGGAGCGAGAGGGGAUGUGACCUGUUCGGCUGAAGGCUGUGAGGUGCGUAAUCCCGAGCCGACCCAUUAUGGAACGGGUGCAGCCGGCGUUGCCACAGGUGAUUUGAUUUCCUGUGACGGUAGCUUAACCAGCCGGGCCGAUUCCGAAACACUCUUAUUUUAAAGUCCUUUUCGACUGGGUGCCGUCUGGAGAAGGGAGCCGACUCCUAGUAAAAGUCUUACUGUUGAUAAACUGACGACCAAAUUUUUAAAAAGUGUCUCCCGUUACCUCCUUUCGUCUCUGUGAAGCAGAUGGGAGCCAUGGCUUAUCCCUUACUCUUCUGCCUCCUGCUCGCUCAUCUGGGAUUGGGAACUGUUAGCACCAGCCGCGACCCUCCGGGACGGCUGGAUUCCCCUCGAGAGAGAACCCUGAGGCUGAAGCAGCACGCCCAGCAGCCGGCUCGAGCCUCUGCCUCGGACCCCUCGGCUCCCUGGAGCCGCUCCACCGACGGCACCAUCUUGGCGCAGAAACUCGCCGAGGAGGUGCCCAUGGACGUGGCCUCUUACCUCUACACCGGGGACUCCCACCAGCUGAAGCGAGCCAACUGCUCCGGCCGCUACGAGUUGGCGGGCCUGCCGGGGAAGUCGUCAGCCCUAGCCAGCUCCCAUCCCUCCUUGCACGGGGCGCUGGACACGCUGACACACGCCACUAACUUCCUCAACAUGAUGCUGCAGAGCAAUAAGUCGAGGGAGCAGAACUUGCAGGACGACCUGGAGUGGUACCAGGCACUGGUGCGGAGUCUCCUGGAGGGCGAGCCCAGCAUUUCCCGGGCAGCCAUCACCUUCAGCACCGAGUCGCUGUCCGCGCCGGCCCCGCAGGUUUUCCUCCAGGCCACCCGCGAAGAGAGCCGCAUCCUGCUCCAGGACCUGUCCUCCUCGGCACACCACCUGGCCAACGCCACGCUGGAGACCGAGUGGUUCCACGGCCUGCGGCGCAAGUGGAGGACCCACUUACACCGCCGCGGCUCCAAUCAGGGGCCCCGGAGCCUGGGCCAUAGCUGGCGGCGCAGGGACGGGCUUGGCGGGGACAAGAGCCACGUCAAGUGGUCUCCGCCUUAUCUGGAGUGCGAGAACGGGAGUUACAAGCCUGGGUGGCUGGUCACUCUGUCCGCUGCUUUCUACGGGUUGCAGCCUAACCUGGUCCCGGAAUUCAGGGGUGUUAUGAAAGUUGACAUAAAUCUUCAGAAAGUGGACAUUGACCAAUGUUCAAGUGAUGGCUGGUUUUCAGGAACUCACAGAUGUCACCUUAACAAUUCAGAGUGUAUGCCAAUUAAAGGUCUAGGAUUCGUGCUUGGAGCCUAUCAGUGCAUUUGCAAAGCAGGAUUCUAUCAUCCUCAAGACUUCUCAGUGAACAACUUUCAGAGAAGAAAUUAGUUGCCUGAUCAGGAGAUUUCAGGAAGUGCAAAAGAUGUGUCAGAAGAAGCCCAUGUCUGCCUACCCUGCAGGGAGGGCUGCCCUUACUGUGCUGAUGACAGCCCCUGCUUUGUCCAGGAGGAUAAGUAUUUGCGACUUGCUAUCAUCUCCUUCCAAGCCCUGUGUAUGCUGCUCGACUUCGUUAGCAUGCUGGUGGUCUACCACUUUCGCAAAGCAAAGAGCAUCAGGGCAUCAGGCCUUAUCCUGUUGGAAACAAUUCUUUUUGGGUCUCUGCUUCUAUACUUUCCAGUUGUUAUUUUGUACUUUGAGCCAAGCACAUUUCGCUGUAUUCUCCUCAGAUGGGUCCGUCUUCUCGGUUUUGCUACUGUUUAUGGAACUGUCACUCUCAAGCUUCACAGGGUUUUGAAGGUGUUUCUUUCACGAACAGCCCAGCGGAUUCCAUAUAUGACUGGUGGACGGGUCAUGAGGAUGCUUGCAGUAAUACUUCUGGUAGUAUUCUGGUUUCUUGUUGGCUGGACUUCAUCUGUUUGCCAGAAUUUGGAGAGGCAGAUUUCACUUAUUGGCCAAGGGCAAACAUCUGAUCACCUCAUCUUCAAUAUGUGCCUCAUUGAGCGCUGGGAUUACAUGACAGCAGUCGCUGAAUUUUUAUUCCUCUUGUGGGGUGUUUAUCUCUGCUAUGCAGUGCGGACAGUGCCAUCAGCAUUUCAUGAGCCACGCUAUAUGGCUGUUGCAGUUCACAAUGAGCUCAUUAUCUCUGCUAUAUUCCAUACAAUUAGAUUCGUUCUUGCCUCAAGACUUCAGUCUGACUGGAUGCUAAUGCUAUAUUUUGCACAUACUCAUUUGACUGUGACAGUCACCAUUGGGUUGCUUUUGAUUCCAAAGUUUUCACAUUCAAGCAAUAACCCCCGAGAUGACAUUGCUACAGAAGCAUAUGAAGAUGAGCUAGACCUGGGCCGGUCUGGGUCCUACCUGAACAGCAGCAUCAACUCCGCGUGGAGUGAGCACAGCUUAGACCCGGAGGACAUUCGGGAUGAGCUGAAGAAACUCUAUGCCCAGCUGGAAAUAUAUAAAAGGAAGAAGAUGAUUACAAAUAACCCCCACCUCCAGAAAAAGCGGUGCUCCAAGAAGGGCUUAGGCCGUUCGAUCAUGAGGCGUAUAACUGAGAUCCCAGAGGCGGUCAGCAGGCAGUGUUCCAAAGAGGACAAGGAAGUCACAGACCAUAGCACAGCCAAAAGCACUACCUUGGCCAGGAAGAGCCCACAAGAGUCUUCAGGUAACACUGGGAAGCCCAAAGAGGAGUCCCUGAAAAACCGGGUCUUCUCCCUAAAGAAAUCGCACAGCACUUACGAUCAUGUGAGGGAGCACACGGAAGAGUCCAACAGUUUACCAGUGGAAAGCCAAGAAGAGGAGGCUACAGAACAUUCCACACUGGAGUCUCUGUCAAGUAAAAAACUAACACAAAAACUGAAAGAAAACAGUGAGGCCGAGUCCACAGAGUCUGUGCCUUUGGUGUGUAAGUCAGCAAGCGCUCACAAUCUCAGCUCAGAGAAGAAGCCGGGCCACCCCCGAACAUCCAUGUUGCAAAAGUCUCUCAGUGUCAUAGCAAGUGCCAAGGAGAAGACUCUUGGAUUAGCUGGGAAAACCCAAACAUCAGGCAUGGAAGAUCGUGCUAAAUCCCAGAAACCUCUGCCAAAAGAUAAAGAAACAAACAGAAAAUACUCAAAUUCAGAUAACACAGAGACUAAAGAUUCUGCCCCCCAAAACUCCAAUCAUGUGGAGGAGCCAAGAAAACCUCAGAAAUCUGGGAUUAUGAAGCAACAAAGGGUCAACCCGCCCACUGCCAAUUCUGACAUGAGCCCAGGCACCACCCAGAUGAAGAACAACUUUGACAUAGGGGAAGUGUGCCCUUGGGAGAUUUAUGACCUGGCCCCUGGUCCCGUGCCUUCAGAAUCAAAAGUUCAAAAACACGUAUCUAUUGCAGCUUCUGAAAUGGAGAAAAACCCAACUUUUUCCUUAAAGGAGAAAUCUCAUCAGAAGCCCAAGGCAGCUGAACUGUAUCAGCAAACCAAUCAGAAGAGCAUAGACAAGGCUGAGGUAUACCCUUGGGAGAGCCAAGGUCAGCCUGGUUUUGAAGAUGAGAAGCCUUUGAUUUCCAAGACUCAGGUUCCCCCAGGGAGAGCCAAAGAUGAGAACGGCGGUCAGCAUUAUGCAGCCAGUGUGUGUGCUGGGCAAUAUGAAGAACUGCCCCCCAAAGUUGUAGCAUCAAAAAUCGAGAAUGAAAAUCUCAACCCAACGGGAGACCAGAAUAAAAAGACAUCUUCCCCUGAGGAAAAUGCGCCCGGCUGCUAUAACUCAAGUAAUAACUUUCAGCAGCCUUUAACAUCACGAGCUGAGGUGUGUCCUUGGGAGUUUGAGACCCCAAAUCAACCAAAUGCUGAAAGAAGUGUAGCUUUACCUGCCUCUUGCACUCUAAGUGCAAAUAAGAUGGCAGGGCCUCGGAAAUAAGAGGUGUGGGAUACUUUUAGAGUGUAG